GCUACUGUUUUUCACCUUCUCCGAAUAUCAGAUGUUUCCAUAACCCGCAAGAUUUACCUUAAUAUCGUAACAAGGCUUAUUUGAUCUUUUUCGGUCAAAAAUUACCGGAUAGACGAUUCCUUAUCCCUGAGAAUUCCCUAUCCUAGACUCCGUCCCUAUUCAGGUGAAAAGGUUCGGAAAAAUUUCAUUUAUACUCUGUCCAACGUAAGAAUAACCUCGUUUCGCGCAUGGGUUGAAUGACAGGAGGCGCAACGACGCGACGUCCGAAGCCCCCACCUAACCGCACACGUUCUUCUCUUUUUUCAUACGCGGUGACAAUUAAUUCCUUUUACACCGAUAUCGCCCCCAAUUUGGGGGCGCCGCAGCCCGGUGUCCCUAAUAUUUAUUCAUUUAUAUCCGUUUAGAUUAGUAAAUCUGCUAUGUAGUUUAACAGUUUUUACAAUCUAACUACAGAUUCAUCGUUUCAUAUUAUUACCUUGUCUUUUUUUCUUAAAAAUUUUGAGCUCCUGAAUAGACGCCACGAUAAUCUUGCCCAGGGCGCCAAUAUUGCUAAAAUCGGCCCUGCCGAUAGGGUUCGAUUCGCGACUAAUCGUAUGCACCAGAUCGGCACAGAUCGGGUGGACGGCGAGGACGUGAGACUGAUGCUAUGGGAUACCGCGGGUCAAGAGGAAUUCGACGCAAUCACCGCUGCUUAUUAUCGCGGCGCCCAUGCCUGCGUGCUCGCUUAUUCAGCCACCGACAGAGAUUCCUUCGACGCCAUUCCUUCGUGGAAGCUGAAGGUGGAAAACGAGUGCGGUGAAAUUCCCACGGUUCUUGUACAAAACAAGAUGGACCUGGUUGAUCAGUGCGUCAUUGAUCCGGACGAGGCUGAGAGGCUCGGUCGUGCCCUAGGUUGUAAGCUCCUAAGAACAUCCGUGAAAGAGGAUGUCGGUGUUAUGAGCGUCUUCCGGCAUCUGGCGUCGCGAUGUCUCCACGAGAUGCGCCGCUGCGACGACGAUUAUCAAGACGACCUGAGAUUAUACUCUACCGGGCCUAGAUCUCCUUCUGUAAUAAGUGCUUUUAGUCCGAACGGAUCCACGUGUGGCCGGAAUACAGGGAAUGGUACCAUAGUUUUACGGCCGGGUGCCAAGACAAAGAAUCACAAAAAAAGGAAUUUCGUAAAAAACGCUUGUAUACUACUUUAGUCUUUUUCGUAGAUAAGUACAUACGUGAACAAUUGUAACGAGUACUUUAAACCAUGUACAGACUGAUAUUCAUACUAUUUAUAAUGAUGUAAGGCUCUCUUUUUAAUGGUCAUUGCGACAGCGUACACUAAUUGGUUUAAACAUUUAUUGUUAUCAAACAAGCACAGCAUACAGUAUUGAAAUUAUAAUAGGAAGAUGAAUAAGCCGCAUGAUUUAUCUUCAAACAGUAUUGCUAUGUCAGUUAAUUUGUGAUACACAUUUUCUUUGAUAGAAGAAACGCGAUCAAUUAAAAAUAUGUUAGCAGAAAUUCUUUCAUUGAAAAGGGAAAAGUAAAUUAUAUAUUAUAGAAUUCUUAAAGUACAUAUGUAUAAGUACAAAGCAAAAAAGGACGUUUUGAUAAUGUUACAAGCAGCACAUUUCAUACUGAAACAUUAGAGCAUUUUUAUACGUUGUAUUUUAUUAUUAUUCAAUAUUUUUAAUCUUCUCAGAAUUUUGCAACAUUGUGUACAUACGCGUAAAGUCAUUUUAAAGCACAUUACAGUUUUAAAUUGUUAUGCGUACAAUUUUUUACUUUCCAAUAGAAUACUUUUUUACCUAUGCCAAGUUUUUGUAAAUAUAUGAUUUGUAUAUGUUAAUGAACGUUAAAAAUCAAUAUAAUGUCUUUUUAUAUGUUGAGUUACAGACUGAAUUAAACAGCUGUAACAAGUGAUCAGUAAUGGUAACAAUAAUUAUUUUUCAUCUAAUUGAAAAAUUAUUUUAAAAAGUUUCAAAUUAUUAGAAGAAAUAGAUAUUAAUUUAUGUGUAUCGAUAUAACGGCUAACCAAAUAUUCUAGUUUGUAAGAAAGAAAAUAUUAUGUUGACAAAAAAUACCCUUUUUUUUGUAAAUGAUAAUGAUAAAAUAUGAAUAAAAAUAAAAUGUUACGAUUUUUAAAUAAUCUAUUUCAAACGGUAUUUUACAAAUAAAUGCCGAAAAAACACGAAAGACCAUUCU